CACGCCCCCACCCCCUUCCUUCUGCCCCCAGGUCAAGCACCCAAGCAGCUCUCCUUCCCCAACACUGCAUCCGGCCUGCUGGGCCAGCGGCUCUUGACCGCAGAGCAGCCCCUCUCCCGCAGCCAGUCGGACGUAUUCCACCCUCGGUCGCCCACCUUGCCCCGAGCCCACGACACUCCGCAGCGCGUCAACCCUUUCUCCCAGCGCCAGGACCUCAAGGGGGGCAGAAUCAAGCUCUUCGACACGCCCAGCAAGUCCUUGAUCUCCCUGACUUUCAACCUGCCGCCCCCCUCGCCUCUUCCGCCUGGCACCCCCAUCACGCCGGAGCCCACCGUGGAGAUGCAGUGCAACUUUGCUGAGCCCGCGGCCAUCAUGCGCAGGUGUCGCUCGCUGCCGGCCUCCCCAGAGCUGCCUCGCCGGGAGCAGCCGCACUACAGCCCCCUCUUGGGCCUGGACCGCACUCCCCCGGAGCCCCCGGGUUCCCCUGCCGGCGAGCAGAUGGACUGCAGCACGGACAGCCCGGCACCGACACCUGCUGGCCCGGCACCCCCCCUGACCAACGGCAGCUUCAUCAACACAGCCGUGUCGGCGGCCCGGCCGUGGUCCCCCAACAGGCUGCUCCUGAACAAUAACAGCAAGCCGCGUGGCUGGGGCGGGGGCUUCUCAGAGCUGAGCGUGCCGCCUACGGUGGAGGGAGCGCAGACAGAACGCCUGGGCACGACGCUGCCCCUGAGCCCCUCCGGCAGCAGCAGCUGUGUGAUGGAGCAGGACGAGGUGCUGGCUUGCCCCGCCUGCUGCCUGGGGCCCUUCAGCUUCAGCUUCGCUUCCGUCUGCCACCGGCCGGCUGCCAGCACCCCCCGCUACCAGAACCUGAACUGUGAGGCCAAAAGCCUGCAGUGCCCGGAGAGACACCCCCAGCAUUGCAAGGGCCUGGCACCGGGCAUGGCAGAGCCCAGCCUCAAGUUGCCGGAAGCCCAGUCCUGAGUCUGGCCCUGAGGCCGAGGAGCACUUCAGGCCCCAACUGGUCAUCCUGGCUGCCCUUCAGACCUCCAGGAGCCGGAUGGGCCGAGGAGCGGCACUGCACCCCGGGGGCAAGCUGGGCUGGUCCGGUGUGGGUCAGCCUGGCGUCCUGGCCCUUCUCUUUUUGGCACCGGUGGAGAAGAGAAGGCAGCUGCAUUUUUAAUAAUACUUGGAAAUACUUGUUAAUAUAUUCAGCUUAUUUAAUGUGUUGAAAAAAAAAUAAAACCUGAUGACAGUCCA